AUGUCAAGGUGGUGGAACUCGAAUUCGGAAUUUGCGGUAGACGUAGAGAAGGCUACUUCAGAAACGCUUCCGGCUGGAGCUGAAGAAAUUGCUUUAAAUUUGGAUAUUUCUGACAAAAUUCGAAGCAAGUCAAUUGACGCUAAAGCAGCCAUGCGUAUUCUAAAAUCACGAAUUGAUCAUUCCAAUCCAAACGUUCAGCUGUUGGCACUAAAGCUUUGUGAUACAUGCUUAAAAAACGGCGGCUCCUCUUUUGUAAAUGAAGUCGCUUCCAGAGAAUUUAUGGAUAAUUUGGUCUCCAUCCUUCGCUCCCCAUCCGGAGUCGAUGAAGAAGUCGAACGGGCUAUUCUUUUCUACAUACAGUCUUGGGCACUUGCAGUCCCUGAGAAAAAUUUUAGCAUGCGGUACAUCGUGGACGUAUACGAGCAACUACAAGAAGAUAAGUAUUCGUUUCCCGAGCCGCCGCAAGCUAUUUCCAGUAGCUUUCUCGAUACGUCUACCCCUCCGGAAUGGACCGAUAGUCAAGUGUGUUUGCGGUGCCGUACUACUUUUACCUUCACAAAUAGAAAACAUCAUUGCAGAAACUGUGGUGGUAUCUUCUGCAAUGAAUGUUCUUCAAAGACAGUGGUCUUACCCCAGCUUGGUAUAAAUGUUCCUGUCCGGGUUUGCGAAUCUUGUUUUUCUUUGAAGAAUAGGCCUACUGAACAAGCAAAGCCUUCAAGGGAAAGAGGUUCAAACGUUGAUCGCGAAGGUGUAUCUCGCAAGUCAAAGAAAUCCCAGCCCAAGACGCAGUCUUCUGCGCCGAACAAAGAAGAUGAAGAUUUAAAGAGAGCUAUUCAGCUAUCUCUAAAAGAAUCAGAAACAAAUCCAGGAAGAUCUUCCGCUUUCGAAACGAAACCUCCAAAAACAGACUCCUAUGUCCGUGGCCCUCCAGAAGAUGAAGAUGAAGAAUUAAAACGAGCCAUAGAAAUUAGCCUUCAGGAAGCAAAAGCUACAAACGUUCCAAAACAACAAAAAGAGGUUAAUAUUCCUUCACAAACAAACAGUCUACCAUACAGUUAUCCUACUAUACCUUCCCACACCGUUUCUACCACUUUACGUGGCUCCCCAUUCACUUCCCCAAGUAAGCCUCAAGGAUCUACCACGAUGAUCUCCAAUGCCGACGCUGACAAUAUUACACUAUAUGCUACACUCGUGGAAAAAUUGAAGAAGUCUCCUCCCGGUUCAAUUUUUACGGAAUAUCAAUUACAAGAGUUACAUGAGAAUAUGGGUUAUAUGAGAACAACGAUGAUGAGGUCUUUAGGCGAAACUAUAAGCAAAUACAACAAACUGCUGCAGGCUUUUCAAAAGCUUCAAACGUGCAUGCGCUUAAACGACGCUCUGCUCGACCAAAGGCUUUCAUCCGCUUAUCGCCUUCAUCCUUCUGGUCCUUCCUUUGACCUACCUCAAAGUAUACUGAGUUCUUCUAGGAAUGAGGUACCUUUCAAGGCUGAUCAGUCAAUACCCUGUCCUCUUCCUCAAAAUCCUUCAGUACCAAAGACAGUUGUGGAUGAAGAUGCGCCAAAGGAUAUAUCAAAUGAAACAAGAACGUCUGUACCAUCUCCUGAACCAAUUUCUAAUUACUACGAGUUAGAUACUGAUGUUCCGACGGAGAAGAUGGAGAACAUAAAAUUACAUGAACCAAAGCAAGAGGAAAACAAUGGACAUGAAAACAUUGAUGAUGCUAUCAACUAUUAUAAUGUUGAACCAGUUGAUUCUUUUGAGGAUGACAUUACUUCCCAUGAUCAAAAACGGAAUGAUAGCAAAGUUUCUGACGAAAAAAACGAUGAUGAUAAUGGAAUACAUGUUCAAGAAGCAAGCCUGAUUGAACUGUAA